AUGUAUUGUAGCGCAAGGCUUUAUCUUUUUAGCAGUGGUGUUUGGGCCAUUGACGUUUGUUGCUACCAAAGAAAAAAGUCGUCUCCACGGGACAUAGAAUGGAUUCUUAGGCGCAGGUUCUUGAUAAGCAACAACUUUCUCUUCAUACAAAACGAAUGGCAAAACAGAAAAUUCGGCACAAGGAAAAAAAUAUUGAGAGAUUUCAGUCAUUCAUCCACUUCACAUAGAAACAUAUCAACACCUAUCUACCAACUUAACCUAUUACCUCCCACCAUGGCCGGAUUAGAACAAUCAUUAUUUCAAUUAAAAUUCACUGCCAAACAAUUGAAUCGACAAGCAACAAAAGCUUCAAAAGAAGAACUUCAAGAAAAAGCCAAAAUCAAAAAGGCAUUAAGUCAAGGUAAUAAUGAUAUUGCUCAACUAUAUGCUCAAAACGCCAUUCGUAAAUCAAAUGAACGAAUAAAUUUAUUACGAUUAGCAUCAAGAAUAGAUGCUGUUGCAUCAAGAGUUCAAACUGCAGUAACUAUGAGAUCAGUAACGGGGAAUAUGACUCAAGUUAUCCGGGGGAUGGAUAAAGCAUUACAAACAAUGAAUUUAGAAAGGAUAUCAUUGGUGAUGGAUAAAUUUGAAACUCAAUUUGAAGAUUUAGAUGCAUCGACUAAUUACUAUGAAACGACAACAAAUAAUGUCAAUGCUUUAACAACACCACAGGAUCAAGUGGAUGAAUUGUUGAAUCAAGUUGCUGAUGAAGCAGGAAUUGAAAUGAAACAAGGUUUAAAUGCUACAAAAGUAGAAAUUACAAGUCCUGUUGCUCCAAAUUCAAUAUCUGAAGAAAAAGAAGAUAAAUUAGCAGAAAGAUUAAGAGCAUUAAGGAACUAA